AUGUUGGAGGGUCUAGUAGCUUGGGUAUUGAACAAUUACCUCGGGAAGUAUGUCGAGAACUUGAAUACGGAUCAACUCAGCGUAGCUUUAUUGUCCGGGAAAGUGGAGUUAGAGAAUCUUCCUUUAAAAAAGGAUGCUUUACGACAUUUGGGUCUCCCUGUGGAGAUAAAGGCAGGCUUUAUAGGAAAGGUGCAACUGCAAGUGCCCGUACGUCAGAUCCGUUCAGCGCCCUGGCUCAUUGCCAUUGAAAAGUUAUAUCUAGUUGCAGCCCCAGUUAACUUAGAUGAGUGGGACAGCGCGGUGGAGGCGCACAUCGCGCACGAGCGUAAGGUGGCGCUGCUGGACGCGAUGGAGGCGCAGUGGAGGGCGGAGCACGAGGCCAGCGACGCGGGCUACUACGCGGCCUCCUACUCCUCGUGGCUCAGCUACGGCACCGGCCUCCUAGCCAACAUCGUGGAGAACCUGCAGCUGAAGCUGAGCGACGUGCACAUCCGCUACGAGGACGCGAUCACGUGCGCGCCGCACUCGUUCGCGUGCGGGCUCGCGGUGGAGUCGCUGGCGGCGGAGUCGUGCGACGCCGACUGGGCGCGCGGCUUCAGGCUGCUCUCCGAGGCGGACGGCUGCUCCUUCAAGCUGCUGGAGCUGCAGCAGCUCGCCGUCUACUGGGACCCCAUGCCCGACCCCGCCGCCAUGAUGGCGCACUGCUCGCUCGCCGAGCUGACGGAGCGCAUGCGCGCCACGUGGCUGGCGCCGCACCGCUACCUGGCGGCGCCGGCGAGCGCGCGCGCGCGUGUGCGCCGCGAGCGCUGCGAGCAGCCGCUGCGCGAGCGCACGCGCCCGCGCCUCGCCUGCCACCUCACGCUCGACUCCGUGCUGCUCAGCCUCACCUCGAGGCAGUACAGCGAGGCGGUGGGGUGCGCGCUGGGGCUGGAGCGCAUCGCGCGGCUACGCGAGUUCCGCGCGCUGCGGCCCGACGCGCCGGUGCGCGGCCACGCGCGCGCCUGGUGGCUCUACGCGCUGCGCUGCCACGAGCCCCACCACCGGUGGAUGGACCCGAAGCCCACGUGGGCGUCGUGCCUGGAGCAGGCGCGCCUGAGCCGGCAGUACGUGGAGAUCUGCCUGGGCAUUCUGAACAACCCCGCGGCCACGCUGGCCCCCGACAGGAAGGCGCUCAAGGACGACUUCGAGUGGAACACGCCGCUGCACGUGCUCAAAGCGCUCAGAGAGGUGGCGAUGCGCAAGGUGCCGGUGGCCACGUCGGCCCCCGCGCCCGAGCAGACCAACUCGGGGCGGAGCGUGCUGGUGCGCUGGUUCCCGCUGUGGUGGGGCUGGUACGCGCCGGCCGCCGCCCCCGCCCCCGCCCCCGCCGGCCCCACGCCGCCCGCUUCCCCGAGCGCCGCCCAGGCCGCCCAGGCCGCCCAGGCCGCCCAAGCCGCCCAACCGCCGUCCCCGGCCGCCCCGCGCCUCGAGGACGAGAUCCUCGACGUGAUCGCCGACUCGCUGGACGACAACACGCUGCUGCGGCGCGACACCGUCUUCGGCCUCUUCGAGUUCACGCUGCAGCGCGGCUCCCUCAACCUUUGCACGGAGGACGAGAACGAGGAGCAAACUGGGAACAACGGGGCGUCGAAGGGGGCGAACGAGGCGGAGGGCGCGGAGGGCGCGAGGGGCGUGGGCGUGGAGCUGCAGUUCUCGAGCGUGGGGGUGCGCGUGGAGACGCGGCCGCGCACGGCGUCGCACGCGCUGCACGUGUCGCUGGGCGCCGUGUGCGUGCGCGAGCGCAUCACGCCCAACACGCUGUUCCCGGUGCUGGUGGCGCCGCAGGGCAUGAUCCGCGAGGGGCUCAGCGCCAUCAACGCGGCGGCCAGCGCGGCGGCCUGGUGGCGCGCCCACAACGCGCCGCAACACCAGCCGCAGCCGCCCGCCGAGCCCCUCUUCCAGCUCGCCUACGAGAAGCGCCCCGUCGGCCUCAACUGCGACUACAAGCUGUGGGUGAAGUCGAUGUCGCUGGAGGUGGUGUACUGCGCGGCGGCGGCGCGCUGGGCGCAGCAGUUCCUGGCGGCGCCGUGGGGGCCGCGGCGCGCCAUGGCGCACGUGCGCGACCACACGCGCGCGCGGCUGCGCACGCACUGGCGUCACAUGCUGCGCGCGCACGCCGAGCGCCGCGCCGCGCACAUCGAGCUCGACGUGUCCGCGCCGCAGAUCCUCUUCGUGGAGGAGCUGUGCGAGCGCGACGCCGCCGUGAUGCUCGUGGACUUCGGCCGGCUGCGGCUGGCCAACGCGCACUGCGCGCCCGCGCCCGCCCCCGCCGCGCCGCCCGUCGACGACGACGACGACGAGACGUUCGCGACGCCCUGCUCGACGCCGCCCGGCAGCCUGCUGUCGCCCGCCUCGCCGCCCGGCCCGGCGCCGCCCGCCCACGUGCUCGACGCCGCCAACCUCCACACCAGCCUCUACGACCGGUACGACAUCGAACUGAGCGACUUGCAGAUAUUAGUAGGGAGGGCCAGGGACAACUGGAAGUACGCGCACACCAAGACCACGUCCGCACUUCACCUGCUUGACCGAUUUAGCAUAUCUCUUCAGGGCGAGCGGCGCGUGGUGCACACGAGCGACCCGCAGUUCCCGUCGGCCACGCUGUGCGGCUCGCUGCCCGCGCUCGUGGCGCACCUCAGCGAGCACAAGCUGGCCGCCGUGCGCGCCGUGCUCGCCCGCUGCGCCCCCCGCGCCCCCCGCCGCGAGCCGCGCGAGUCGCCGGCGCAGGAGCGCCCGCCCGAGGACGAGGAGGAGAGCAGCGCCGGCUCGGAGGCGGAGCGCUCGGAGCCGUCGGCGCACGGGCCCGGCGCCGGCACGCUGCUCAUGCUGCAGUUCGCCAUCGAGCAGAUGUCGCUGGAGGUGCAGUCGCGCGGGCGCAGCAUCGCCGAGGUGCAGGUGUGCGGCGUGCGCGCCGCGCUCAGCACGCGCCCCUGCGACCAGUCGCUCUCGCUCUCGGUGCACUCGCUGCUGCUGGUGGAUGCGCUGCAGACCUACGGGCCCGACUUCGAGCUGCUCGUCGCCAGCCACAAGCACGUCGGGAUGGACACGGCGUCGGGCAGCAUCCGCGGCUCGGAGCCCACGUCGCCCACGUCCCCCACGUCGCCCACGUCGCCCGCCUCGCCCGACAGCCGCUCGAGCGCCGCCCCGCCCACGCCGCACGCCCUGCGCCACGCCAUCUUCUCGCUGCAGCAGGCCGCCCCGGCCGCGCCAGAGACGCAGGAGGCAGGACCGAGGAGCCCCACUCCGACCUGGAUGAUGGGUGCGACUUGGCGGUCCGCGGAGGAGCACCUGACGCCGGGCUACGGCGCGUGGGGCUCGGAGAGGGAGUCGGGUAGAGCGGGGGGCGGUGAGGGCGGUGGGGGCGCGAGGGGCGCGGAGGCAGCGGCGUGGGGCGCCCCCGGCCUCGUGGACUCCGAAGCGCUGAUCGCCGUCGAAAUCUGCCUCGUGAAGGGCGAGCCUGGCUCCGAGGAUUUGAGGAUCGCGAACAUACUGUUCAACAACUUAGACGUAAUUGCGAACCAGGAGACGAUCGUGGAGCUGAUCGGGUUCGCGCACCGCGUGCUGGGGCCGCGCACGUCAGUCGCCACGCAAGAGGCGCACGAGGCGCACGAGGCGCACGAGGCCCACGAGGCGCACGAGGCCAACGAGGCCCACGAGGCGCCUCUGCCGGGCGCGGCCGUGCGCACGGAGAUCACCUUCGACUUCCACCGGCUGGGCGUGCUGCUGCUGCGCGCCGCGCUCCGGGACGGCGCCCUCGUGGCCAAAAAGAUCGCCACCGCCACCGUCAGCGAGGCGCGCAUACAGGCCACCAUCGCGGCGGAGCGCGUGGAGGUGGGCGGUUCGCUGGGCGGGGUGCAGGUGGUGUCGCUGUGCGAGGGCGCCGGCGUGCACUCGCGCGUUCUCUCCGCCGGCCGGCACCACGCCCACCUGCCCCACCAGCCGCGCCACUCGCACCGCCACCACUCCCACGCGCCCGACGAAAAGGCGCUCCUGUUCACCAUCACGCGCAACCUGCGCCCCGGCGACGCCCCAGACCCCACAGUGGUGGAGGCGGCGGUGAGCCUGCGCGUGGCCAGCGUGUGGUACACGCAGUCGGGCGCCCUGCUGCGCGAGCUGCAGUCGUGCCUCACCGAGUUCAAGCAGUACCUGGCCAACCUGGCGCGCUCCAUCCGCGCCGCGGCCGCAGACAUGGCCAUCGGCUUGGUGCACCCCAGCCCCAGGGGCGAGACGCUGUACAGCAGCCCGCGGCUGGCGCCCUCCGCCGAGGGCUGGGCGCGGCGGCGCACCUUCAGCUCGGACGCCGCGCCCUCGCUGGACGAGCCCGACGCGCGCAGCGACAUCGUGCUCACCGUGAACAUCGAACUCGAGUCGCCGGUGGUCGUGGUGCCGCGUGGCGCGCACAGCACUCAGGUGUUCGUGGCGCACUUGGGGCGGAUGAGCCUGCGCAACCGGCCCGGCGCCCCGAGCGCCACGCGCUACACCGUGCACGUGCGCGACAUCUCGCUCGCGACCUUGGACGUGGGCGAGCAGCUGAAGCACCACCAGCUGACGGCGGAGAACAUGCACGAGAUCUACGACGUGUCGCGCGGCAAGCCAGUGCUGCACGACACCGCGCUGCAGCUGGCUAUAGACCUGAAAGAGGUCGACGACGUUCCGCAUUGCGAAGUGAGCGGCGCGGUGGUGGGCGCUCUGCAGGUGACCGCCAGCCGCGAGCAGUACGAGCAGCUGCUGGACACGCUGCGCUGGGUGGGCGGGCCGCACCACGCAGAGGCCUCGCCCGCGCACCCCCACCGCUACCCCCACCACGCCUCCGCCGACGGCCCACUGAGCAAUGGGCUGCUCAGCGACACCGCCGACGUCACAGAUGGCGGCGCGCUGGUGGAGCCCGCGGUGCCGACGCUGCGGCUGGACCCGCAGCUGCGCGCCGCCGUGCUGGCCGUGGCGCCGCCGCACCGGCCCCCGCUCCGCCCCGCGCCCGCCCCGCACCGGCCCCUCACCGUGUGUUUCGAGGUGUCGACGUUCGCCGUGGCGCUGCUGGCGGACGUGGGCGGCGGCGAGCGGAGCCUCGUCGCUCUCACCUUCCGCGAGUUCGCGCUCAGAUACGAGCGCCUGCAACCGCACGAGACCGCCUUGCAGGUGUCGCUGCACUCGGUGACGAUGGAGGACCUCACCAAGGAGCCGGACUCGAAGCACCGGGUGCUGCUGGUGUCGCACUCGCCGCCCGCGCCGCGCAAGGCGGUCUUCCUCUCCAAGUCGUGCCCCGACCUGCGCCUCCCCGCCCCGCCCUGCAUGCUCGGUCGCCGCCGCUCCGUCUCCACGUCUCUGCCCUCGGCCCUCAACACGGCGCACUUGCCGGCGCAACGACAGCGGGGAUACGACAAGCCGGCCAAGUCGGAGAGCAAGUGCGGCGCGACUCCGCCCUGUUCGCCGGAGCCGCUCAGCCAGGAGAGCCGCGACGCUGCGGGGGGCGCUAGUGCGGCCAUGUUCGACGCGUGCGACUUCGACAAUUCGGACACAUCGGAGGCGUCCGACGGCCUCGACGGCUCCGACGCGACUGAUCCCUUCGACUCGACGGACGAGCAAGACUUGUGUGGCGCCUUCGAGUCGGCGGCCGGCGGGCCCCGCGCCGCCGCGGCCGGCGACAACCUCGUGUGGGUGUCGGUGCACACGCGCGACCCCACCCACCCCCACUUCCACGACCGCUUUCAUCAGGUGUACAAACUGACGAAAGUUGAGUUCAACUGUCUGAAGUUGGUGCUGAGCAUCGACAGCUGGGUGGCCGUGCUCGAUUUCUUCGGCGUGGCCGGGGAGGAGGCGGCGCCGGACUCCAGCGCCGCGGAGCCUUCGCAGCCCGCGGGCGAGGGCGCGGGCGCGGAGGCGGCGGGCGUGAGCGAGACGGAGGUGGUGGUGCGCUCUCUGUCGGUGGUGGUGGUGGGCGCGCGGGGCGACGCGUGCCGCGCGCUGGCCUCGCACGGGCAGCUGCGCGCGCGCUCGGGCCGCGGCGGGCGGCGCGUGCGCGCGCAGCUGGCCGCGCUGGCGCUGCACGACCUGGCGGCCCACGCCGCGCCCUGGCGCCACCGCCUGCUCACGCGCGCCCAGCGAGCGCUGCGCCUCGACUACCGCAGACUCAGCAAAACGGAGGCGGAGGCGGCGGGCUACGAGACGAGCUUGAACGUGCAGAUGGGCCCCCUCACUUACGUGCACACGAAGCGCUUCGUGAUGGAGCUGCAGGCCUUCGCGAGGGACUUCAGCCUGCUGAGGCGGGUCAUCGCGCAGGCGCGACGCAAGGUGUCGCCGGCGGCGGCGAGUCGCGUGCAGCGCAUGCGCUUGCGGCUGACAUGUUCGGCGCCGCUGAUCGUGGUGCCGGUGUCGGGCCGCAGCCGCUCCGCGCUGGGCGCGCGCCUGCGCCUACUGCGCCUCGACAACCGCUUCCGACAGAACGCCGGGGGCGAGCUGCUGGACGUGCGCUCGGUGCGGCUGGAGGGCGUGUCGCUGCGGUGCUGCGGGCCGGGGCUGCGCGGGGGCGCGCCGCUGCUCCCCAAGCCCGCCUCCCUCGCGCUCCACAUCGAGCACAACCUGAGCGACACGCACGGCGUGCCGGACACGACGAUCCAGGGGACGCUGACGACGCUCGAGCUGGCGCUGGACGCGGCGCAGUACCGGCUGGUGCGCGGCGUGCUGGCGCACAACCUGGCCGAGCCCUGCGACGAGCUGCUGCCGCCGGCCGCAGAGGACCCCGCGCCCCACCACCACCAGCCGGUGUGGACCACGUGGUCGCUGAGGCUAGACCUACACGACGUGUGCGUGCGGCUGAGGUCCGCGCGCGGCCCUCUCGCCUGCGUGAACUUCAUCAAGUCGCGGCUGGUGCUGGAGACCUUCUCGGACCUGGGCCAGGACGUGGACCUGGUCUCGCAGGAGAUCCUGGUGAGCGACGCGCGCUUCGGCGGCGAGCCGGCCAACCGGCGCGGCAACGUCUUCAGCCGCAUCGUGCAGCCCAUGCCCGACCACCGCCACAGCGUGCAGGCCGAGCUGCACGCCAGGAAACGACAGGAUUCGUCGGCCUACACAAUUCUCGUGAAUAACAUGCGCCUAAUGGCGAUCCUGGACUGGUGGGAGGCGGCCAACCAGUUCAUCAUGCAACCACCACCACCGGCAACCGAUCCUGAUCUUAUUCAUCUGGAGGGCGCGUGCGCUUCGCCGUUGGGGGGCGCGGGCGGUGCGGGGGGCGCGGGGGGCGCGGCGGAGGGCGGGCCGGUGGAGCUGAAGCUCAACAUCACCGACUCGCAGCUGGUGCUGGUGGAGGAUGCCUCCGUCUGGGACACCAACGCCGUCAUACUGAAGAGCACGACGGUGAUCACGUACCGCGGCGCCGACGCGAGGAAGCCGGUCUCGUGCGAGCUCAGCGAGCUCGAGGUGUUCUCGUGCGUGCUCGGGCUGGAGGACGAGACGGCGCUCGCCAUCGUCGAGCCGGCCAGCGUGCACGCGCAGAUCGACGCCGAGCGCGUGCUGCACAUUUCAAUGGGGACGCUCAAUCUGCGCCUCUCCUACCACGACAUGCGCAUGUUCGCCGCGAUGUUGCAAUCCCUGCCGGCGCAAGCGCGGGCCGCCCUGUCCGGAAAGUCGCACUUGGACAUGGAAGCGGCGGACGCGCCCGCCAACAGCGUGCACAUGCGCGCGGGCGGGGGCGCGGCGCGGCUGCGGGCCACGCGCUGGGCGCCCCUGAUGCCGCCCCUGCCGGCGCCGCCUCCGCCCCUACCGCCCCAGGCCCCCGCCCAGCCCUCCGCCGUGUGGCCGCUCUCCGCCGUCAAGGUGAACGCUGAAUGCGUUACGCUGUGCGUUAUUGACGACUGUCUGGAUUCGGACGUGCCUCUACUCGAAAUAUCUAUGUCUGAGCUGCACCUGGAACAGGAUCUACGGAAAGCUGAGGAGUCGUUUCCGGACCCGGUGCUGGUGUCGACGCCGUCGAGCGCGGGCGGCGUAGUGGGCGGCGUAGUGGGCGCGGGCAGCGGAGGGGGAGGCGCGGGCGGCGGGCAACUGCGCGCGCACCUCUGCAUAGACUACUACAACCGCACGCUCUCCGCCUGGGAGCCAGCUCUCGAACCCUGGAGGUUCGAGACGCGCUGGGAGUACACGCUGUCGUCGGCGCUGUCGCUGCGACGCGUGCAGCUGGAGGUGAGCAGCGCGCACACGCUGGACGUGAACGUGACCGCCGCCCUGCUCGACCUCUACCGGCUCGUGCGCAACAACUGGACCGCGGACUACUACGCGCCGCAGGCGCCGGCGCAAGCGGACGCGGAGCAGUCGCCGAAGGGCAGCCCCGCUGGCCACCGGCGCCGCUCGCCCUUCGUGCCGUACGCGCUGCGCAACCACACCGGCCACCGCCUCUGGUUCACUACACUGCUCACCACUCCGGACCAGCUUCUGGAGCUGGAGUCGGAGGCGGGCGAGGGCGGCGCGGCGUGGGCGCCCGACGACUCGUGGGUGUCGGUGGGCGCGGGCGACACGGAGCCCUUCUCGUUCGGGCUGCGGCGGGGCCGCGCGCGCGCCGCGCUGCAUCGGCUGGCGCUGCGGCUGCCCGCCUGGGCGCCCCCAGACCCGGUGCGCGUCGACCGGGUGGGCGUCUUCUUCCGCACGCUCACGCACCAGAAGAGCGGCGCGGAGGCGCACCUGGUGCUCGAGGUAUCGCUGGAGGGCUCGGCGCGCAAGCUGGUGACGGUGCGCUCGGCGCUGCAGCUCGAUCAACCGGCUGCCGCACGCCGUCGAGGCACGGCGCGCCUUCCGGCGAGCGCGGACGCGUGCGGAGCGGCAACGCGGCGCAGGGUGCGCGCGGCGUGCGCGGCGCUGCAGCGGCGCGGCAACGCGCCCAAGCCGAUGGCCGCGUGCGUGCCGCUCGCCGCGGCCGCCGCGCGCGCGCGCCUCGCGAUGUCCGCCCGCUGCGGGGCGUGGGGCGUGCGCGGCGCGGAAGUCGGGGCAGGGGCGGCGCGCGCGGCGCUGGUGGCGGCGGGCGCACGCUGGGCGGCGCCGCUGAGCGAGCAGGCGGGCGCGCUGCUGGUGCGGCCGCUGACGGCGCGGCCGGCGCACGCGCCCGCGCCGCCCGCCGCGCGCCUGCACUGGCGCGACGCCACCGCCGACCGCGCCUUGCUGCACCGCGAAUGCUGCGCCCCGCCCCACCACUCCUACAGGUUCUGCUGCGCGAUAGUGCGCGAGCGGUUCCCUUUGGCGCGCGGGGAGCCGAUCGCGGGCCACACGUUGACGCUGGUGGCGGCGCUGCGCCUCGAGAACCUGCUGCCGCUCGAGCUGCAGUUCCGUGCGGGCCACGUGGGCGGCACGCUGCCGCCCUCCGGCACCAGGCCCUUCCACGAGGUGAACGUGGAGGAGGGUGUGGAGCUCAGUGUGAAGCUGGAGGGCUUCGGCUGGUCGACGGCGCUGAGCGUGGGCGGGCCGAGCGGCGCGGGAGCGGGAGGCGCCUCCUUCAGCGCCAGGCUCAAGCUGCGCGAUCUGCGGGGCCGCAGGCUCUACCUCAACGCUCGAGUCAGCGCCAAGAGGACCGACGGCAUCAAGGUGUCGAUCUCCGCGGCGUACUGGCUGGUGAACCGCACGGGGCUGCCGCUGGUGUUCCGCGCGGAGGGCGGCGCCAGCGAGGCGGCCGGCCAGUUCGCCGAGCACGAGGUGGCGCGCUGCGUGGCGCCGCUGCUCUUCGCCUUCGCCGACUCGGACGGCGGGCCCACCGUCUCGGUGCGCCUCGGCGCCGCGCUCUCGCCCAGCCCCGAGUGGUGCUCGCCGUUCGGGCUGGGCCCCGGCGUGGCGGUGAAGCGGCUGGAGGCGCGCGGCGCGGGCGGCGCGGGGGCGGAGCGCUCGUACGCGGUGGGCGUGGCGGUGCGCGCCGGCCGCGGCCGCUACCGGCGCACCAACAUCGUCACGCUCACGCCGCGCUACCAGCUGCACAACAACACCUCGCGCCACCUGCAGUUCGCGCAGCACUGCACGGCCACCACGCUGAGCGACCCGGGCGCGCGCGCGACGCACGUGGCGGCCGUGGCGGGCUGCCACCUGCCGUGGCACUGGGCGCGGCGCGAGCGCGACCAGCUGCUGUGCGCGCGCGUGCUGGCGGACGACGCGCACGCGCAGCCGCUCACCGCCUGGUCGGGCGGCUUCCGCAUCGACAAGCCGCGCAGCCUGCACAUCGCCUGCAGGGAGGGCGGCGGCUCGUACGUGCUGGUGCGCGUGGAGGUGGUGUCGCAGGGCGCCACGCUGCUGGUGGUGCUCACGGACGCCGAGUGCGCCCCGCCGCCGCUGCGCAUCGACAACUACUCGCCCGUCGCCAUUAUGUUCCACCAGGUGGGGUGCUCGGAGGAGUGCGUGGUGGGGGCGGGGGCGCGGGUGCGCUGGGCGCUGCCGGAGCCCGAGGGCGCGGCGGCGCUGGCGCUGCGGGCCCCUGGCGGGCCGCGCCUGCUGCUGCCGCUCGACGCCGGCCCGCACCUGCACCGUCUGCUCUACCAGAACUUCCUCUACGUCGCCUUCCCCGCCACCAGCGCCAGGGAGAACAGCAUGGCGACGGCCGGCAAGCAAAUAUCCACGGAUGACGACAGCGUGCUGGUGCUGGAGGUGCCGCUGGGCAGCACGCGCGUCAUUCUCGCGCGCAAAAGAUACGGAGAUAGGUCGCAGCUGUGGCGGCGCGCGAGCGGCGGGCAGCUGGUGCACGAGGGCAGCUCCCCGCCGCAGCCCACGGACGCCGCGCUGCCCGACGACGCCGCCCUGUCGCCGCACGCAAUGGUGCUGGACAUCGAGGAGGCGGCGCCGCGGCCUGGCGUGGCGUCGGCGCUGGUGCUGCGGCGCGCCGACCCGCGGCGGCGCUCCACGCAGGCCUGGCGCCUGCUGCCGCCCGGCCGCAUGGCCUGCGCCCACGCCAACCUCUGCGUGCAGCCCUACGCCGCCCACGCCCCCGAUCACGCCCACGCCCACGCCCACGCCCACGCGCACUCCGGCCUCAUGGCGCUCGUGCCCGGGGCACGCGUGGUGCUCGGCAUGGCGAGCGCCGGCGGCGGCCCCGUGCCCGGCUGCCAGGCCGUGAGCUGGCACUCGCUGCGGCCCGGCUGCGGACGCCUCGACGUGUCGCUGCGCGCCGCAGGGCCCACUCGCCUCAUACGCAUACACGACCACGAGGACCCGGACUCCGGCCGCAUCGAGGGCGACGACGACGAGGACUGCGUGCCGUUGCAGGGGCGGGGCGCGGGGGGCGGCGGGGGGCGGGCGGGGCGACUGGUGUACGCGCACUUCGCGGGGCUGCGCCUGGAGCUGGCGCGCACGCCGCGCGCCGCGCUCGCCGCGCUCUCCGUCGACACGCUGCAGUGGGACAACCAGCUAGUGGACACCGCCAGCCCCGUGCUGGUGCACGGCGCCACCGGCAGCUCGCCGCUGCUGCACGCGGCCGCUGAGCUGCUGCCCGCGCCGGCGCCCCGAUACAACGCCUACUUCUUCAAGCACUUGGUUGUGGCGCUACGUCCAGUCGCCGUGCGCCUGGAGGAGAGGUUGAUCCUGAUGCUGUGGGCGUGGGCGGAGCAGUGGCAGGGCGGCGAGGAGGCGGCCGAGCAGCCGGAUGAGGUGGAGUACGAGACGAGGCGGGUGCUCACCGAGCUCACCGCCCUCCACGCCACCAGAUACUACUUCGCGCUCUUCAAGCUCGUCCCGAGCCAGAUCCGGCUGUCGAUGUACACGGCGAACAAGCUGGAGCCGGAGCUGGGCGCGCUGAAGAAGCGGCUGGGGCUGACGAUGAUCCGCUUCGAGGACGCCGCCGUGGAGCUGGAGCCGUUCGUGCGCGCGCACGCCUUCGACACGGCUGCCUGCCUGGCGCGCCACGCGCUGCUGCACUUCAAGGACGAGCUGAAGUGGCAGGCGGCCAAGAUCCUGGGCUCGGUGGACUUCCUGGGCAACCCGCUGGGCUUCGUGGCCGACGUGUCGGAGGGCGUGUCGGGCCUGCUGCUCGAGGGCAACGUGGGCGCGCUCGUCAAGAACGUCACGCACGGCAUCUCCAACUCAGCCGCCAAGGUCACCGAGUCCCUGGGCGACGGGCUGGAGCGCGUGGUGGGCGACGAGGCGCACGAGGAGACGAGGCACCGCAUCCGCAGCGCCGCGGCGGGCGCCCACCUGGCGGCGGGCCUGCGCGGCCUCGGCCUAGGCCUCCUGGGCGGCAUGACGUCCCUGGUGAAGCACAGCUACGAGGGCGCCACGCAGGAGGGGCUGGGCGGGUUCGUGAGCGGCGUGGGCAAGGGGCUGGUGGGCACGGUGACCAAGCCGGUGAUCGGCGUGCUGGACCUGGCGGCCGCGGCGGCGGCGGCGCUGCGCGAGUCGAGCGGGCGGGCGGGGCGAGGCGGGCGGGCGGCGCCGGCGCGCGUCAGGGUGCCCCGCUGCGCCGCCGUGGCGGGGGCGCCGCUGCCCCGCUACUGCGCGGAGGCGGCGCGCGGCGCGCAGCUGCUGUUAUAUAUUCACUAUUUUAUUAUUUCGAUACUUUGUAAUACAGACAUAGGAAAAUACAGUUUUCACUUGGACACAGCC